AUGGCAGCAAAAGACGUUUAUUCUGAUGGAACAGAAAACAAGCACGAUCGUUUUUUAGAUGUUGGGCAAGAGCCUCGUCGAAUGUUACAACCUAUCGAAGGGUAUCAGAAAAUGCCACUUAUUUCUUUGGAGAAAGCUGUAGAACCUAUUCUUUUCUGUUGUCCUGAUAUUUACCGGCGUGUCUUUGUUGCCAUGUCUAACUGUGAAAAUCCAAUCGAUGGAUUAGAUCAAAAUGAAUCAGCUUCGAUCUUUCUAUAUACCAUGGAAUGGGAACCGCAGGAGGAAUGCCUUUAUUAUGUUCUGAACAAAACAUUACGAACGGAAAAUCGACAAAAACUUCGACCUUGGUUUUCUUAUUUGAAAUUGGUUCUUACUGCUCUGCAAAAACUCCCAGCAGAAAAACAAACCAUAUGGCGGGGUGUUACUCUUGAUCUCAGCCAACAAUACGAAGUUGGAAAACGUUAUGUAUGGUGGGCAUUUUCCUCAUGCACUCGAUCGCUCGCUAUUCUUGAAUCUGAGCAAUUUCUUGGCAAACAUGGAUCAAGAACCUUAUUCAGCAUCGAAUGUCAAAAUGGGAAAAAGAUUCGAUCGCAUUCGUAUAUCAACGUCGAAGACGAAAUUCUUCUUUUACCUGCAACGCAAUUUGAAGUUAUUAGCAAACUGAAUCCUUCAUCUGAUCUGCAUAUUAUUCAUUUGAAACAAGUUGACCCACCAUUUUCUCUUAUUGAAUUACCUCCGACAGGAAUAACUUUACAGAUAACAUCUCAAAUCAAGAAGAAUGUAAUACAACUAUCUAACAAUUACAGAAAUGAAAAGCUCGAAGAAUUAAUCGCUCAAUGUCCGUUUAAUAAAACAGUGGAUUUAGAGAGUCAAGAAUUGACUGACAAUGACAUUCCAAUUAUCAUACAACAAGCUAUUAUCGAUAAAGAAUGUUGGUAUCUCACUAUCAAUAAAAAUAUGAUUACCGACAAUGGAAUUAACCAUCUGGCAAAAGCAAUUGAGUCGAAUACGUCGUUAGGUGUGUUAACCUUGAGAUACAACAAAAUUACAGAUGUUGGUGUUCAUUAUAUUGCACAAGCACUGCACACUAACGCAUGGCUCGUUUUUCUGGAUCUUAGCGGUAACCAAAUCACUGAGAACGGGGCUCGAUUUCUCUCUGAAUCGUUACAAGCUAACACAACAUUAAAGCAACUCUUGAUCAAUUUCACUUCGAUCGGUGAUAGAGGUAUUCAAUAUCUCGCUAAUACUCAGGCUCAAAAUUCAACUCUAAAAACUCUGUCACUUGCCGCCACAGGACUAACUGAUAAUGGAGUUACGAAUCUGGCUAAGAUGCUUAAACAUAAUACAACUCUUAUUGAACUCGACGUUGAUUACAAUCCUGUAACAGAUAGUGGAAUUAAGCUCAUAUUAGAAGCUUUGUGUAAUAAUAAUGUUCUUCAAAAGCUGCAUAUUCAGUGCAAGCAAAUGACGAAUAAAUCCAUCAAAGAUAUUGAGAACACGCUAAAGCUAAAUGAUACAUUAACUGAUUUGUAUGUAUUGCAAAAGACGUUCACAAUUGAAGAACAACAAAGAAUUCAAAAGAUGCUAUCAACAAAGCAAAAUCGACAAAUUCACUUCGACGAAGCAUAA